AUGUUCCUCAUUGUUCGCCUCGAUAACCCGGCCGUUGUCUCUAGAGAAUCUACGUCAACGCCCAAGCCAGUCUGGGAGGAUUCAGAUGGCACGCGAUUGACUCUGAAAAAGGUGUGGGCUGACGCCAAUGGCAAAGAGAUUGAUGACGAAGAGUACGAAGCACGGAAACGCCGAAUGAAGGAGAGACAAGACGCUGCCAAAGAUGCGCCAAAGUCAUCUUGCUGUUCAGGGAAAGCGCCGAAAGAAGAACCCGAUUCUCCCAAGGGUGGAUGUCGACAUCGUCAAAAUGUCGCCGCAAUCCAGCCUCAUCCUGGCCCUUCAAUACCAGAUUCUGGACCGCCAUUGCAUCCUCCGACGACGGUCUCUGAACCAUGGAUGUCAAGUUGUUCUUGUGGCUCCGGCUGUUCCUGUCUUUACUGUCCAGACCAUCCGAACAACGCAACCUCAAUCAACCAUGCUCAGCAACAGGUCAAGAACCUUGCCGAACAGGCGUAUAUUGGAGGUCACGCCCUAACACCGGUGCCUUCCAACUCUGAGAACACGUCCAGGUCAUGCAUGGGCGGUCAACCAUCGUUCUUCCUCUCGAGCACCCCUGAUGUCUCACAGCACCAGCUUCAACAGUUCUUCUCUGAUACCCUGAACCCGAAUGCUAUCUACCUAGCAUAUCCUAUUCAACAACAUUCUUGGACGAAUCGGCCCCAAAGUUCCCACUGUUCCCGGGUACAUUCACCGCCCGACGUGAUGACAAUGUCCCCCGACACUUCAGACGUGUUCGCCGAUCCCCUUAGCGACAUGUCAACACCCUUGCAUGCAGCGACUGAUGUGAGCGGCACGUGGGAUUUCUCUGGUAAUCAACUGGGAGGGAGCUCCUUCAGCUGGACUGGGUUGGACGCGUCUUACGGGACUGACUACAAUAUUGGCCAGGCUACUGUCGCCUCGAUCUCCAACAACGCGGCUCCUCAGAUGCUGCCAGCGCCUAAUUCAAUGCAGACACCGGCGCUUGGCAUCAACCUGGACGCGGUGACAAAUCCUUCCUUACCGAUACAUUUCACGGAUACCUUGCCUCAGCUUGACGAAAACCCCUUCGUCGACUUCGACGAGCCGAUUCCUGCAGAUCAGGCCAACGGAAACACUUCCUUGGCAACUUUUUUCAACCACGAAACACUACCUACGUUCAACGUGCAACCCAUACAAAGGGGUUGUUGCUCAGCGCCUUUCGUCGACCUCGACUAUUCCCCUGACUCCGAGUUCAACAUAAAUGGAAUAUCGAGGACGAAGUCACCCAUUGUGAGUCGCGUUUAA